AUGACCAUGGUGGUUCAAGUUUCCCACACAUGGGAAAUCAUCGAUUUCUACGGAAAUGCGAAUUGUGCAGGCUUCUUGCAAGUACCAAUCUUCGUAUUAGGAGUGGCUCUUUUGGUUAUAUCUGUCCUAGGAUUGAUGGCUCUGUUUUGUCGAGCAACGCCCCUUCAGCGAGUGUAUUUGUGGGCGAUGUUUUUGCUUGUAAUUGUUCUAUUAGGGUUUACAAUAUUCUCCUCGCUCGUAACUGAUAAGGGUCCCAAGGAAACAGAUUCAGGUAGAGAUCAGAGUAAGCUUCAGGAUUUUUCAGGUUGGUUGCAAAGUCAUCUGGUGAAUGAAAAAAAAUGGGUCAGCAUCAAGAAUUGUUUAAUCGAGGCCAGAGUCUGUCAGGACUAUGCCGAGAAAUUGUCUGCAUUACCUGCCCAUGUCUUGUUGGAAAUGCUGGUUCCUCUUGAGUCAGGCUGCUGCAUGCCACCAAGUAAUUGUGGAUACAAGUUCAGGAAUUCGACGUUUUGGGAUGCUCCAAAAUCAGGCUUGGGUUCGAAAGGUGAUGAAUGCCAUUCAUGGAAGAAUGGGCAGGGCACUCUGUGCUACGAUUGUGGAACGUGCAAGGCUGGAUAUCUCCAUCAAGUUAGGGAUGAUUGGAAAAUUUUGAACAUUUUCAACAUCUGCUUCGUCAUCUACCUCAUCAGCAUCCUUGCCUUUGGAUUUUUUUACUGGCCAAGCGCAGAAACCAACCUAUUAUGA